AUGCCGGUACGCAGCCUGAUGCCUCUCUUCAGCCUGAUGCCUCUCUUCAGCCUGAUGCCUCUCUUCAGCCUGAUGCCUGCCAGUUGACUCGAUGCCCGCUGUUGAUCCAGAUGAUCCGGUACCUGAUCCGGUGCCCGCUGUCGAGCCAAAUGACCUGAUGCCUGGUGACCCAGUGCCCGCUGUCAUACCUAGUGACCCGAUGCCCGCUGUCGAGCCAGACAAUCCGGUACCUGAUGACCCGCCCACUGCCUUGCCAGAUGACGCGGUGCCCGCUGUCGAGCCAAAUGACCUGAUGCCUGGUGACCCAGUGCCCGCUGUCAUACCUAGUGACCCGAUGCCCGCUGUCGAGCCAGACAAUCCGGUACCUGAUGACCCGGUGCUCACUGUCGUGCCUGUUGACUCGGAGCCCACUGCCUUGCCAGAUGACGCGGUGCCCGCUGUCGAGCCAAAUGACCUGAUGCCUGGUGACCCAGUGCCCGCUGUCCAGCCAGACGAUCCAAUGUCUGACCCAGUGCCAGCGGUCAUCCCAGUUGACUCGGAGCCCACGGUUGUGCCUGGUGACUCGGUGCCCGCCGCCCCGCCUGGGGGCCUGAGACCUGUCGUUCCG